AUGACAGCUUUGGUCAAAGGAAAAAGACCUAUACAGAGCCCUGACACUAGGGAGCCUCAGCCAAGAAUUAAUCAUGAUCAGGAUUCGUUCUAUCCCCCAAGAUUCACUCCACCCCAUGUACAUGCAACGCAAAGAGAAUAUCCUCAAAGGGAACCUGCAAGCCUCGAGCAACGAACUGUACCAUCUGCUCAUCUAGGGCAAGAUUUGGAUGAUCCGUUAGAAAUAGUCAGGUUGAAAAUAGAUGAUCAUGAUGUUCAGGAUAAGUAUAGGAGUUUGGAAGAAAGACUCAAAGCGAUAGAAGGAAGUGCCACGAAAGACUUCGCAGAUAUUGUAUUAUCCGGGGAACUUAUAGAAAAUGCCAUCAAAAGUGGAAUAAUGGAAGGUUCUGAGAGCUCGAAAAAGGCAGCACUUGUAAAGAAAAAAGAGGCAGAAGCCUAUAUGGUGGGAACUGAGAAUCACUACACUUCUAAUCUGUAUCCAACCCAGUCACGACCUCGAUAUCGCCCACCUCCAAACUUCUAUUAUCCUCCCCAAAACCCUUACUAUCAAGCACCACCUCAUUACCCUUCUUACCCCGUCUACGCCACAAAUAACCAAAAACCAGUCACUAUGUUCCCACAGAAUACCAUGCCAGCUCAAAGCCAACGCAUCUUACGAUUUGAUGGUACUAGCAAUACAACUGGAAAUCUGCUCCCUAACCAUACUGAAAGGAAUGUGAGCGCGGUGGCCGAGGAAGACAAGUGGCGAACCAAAAGCUGCGUUUCUGAAAUAAAGAGACCUUUACAGAAGAUAUGGAAGUCUUGUGAGGAAUUUAGAAAGUUACUUCAAGACAUGAUGGACAACAAGGAGAUUGGGAUCUUUAACCAAGAGGCCGAUGAGGGAGAAGUAUGCACUUUUGACAAUCAAUCAUCAAGUUUCCCUUAUAGUGUCGAUCAACCAUUGGUGAUUUAUAACGAUGCAAAAAAGGAACAAGUGAAAUCGAAAAUAAUAAUUAAAAUACCAUCUCCUUUCCCUUACAAAGGCAACAAGACGGUAUCAUGGAAAUACGAUGUCAACAUUAUCACAUUUGAAGGUGAAAAAUCCAAAGUCAUGACUGGAAGUGUUGGAGAAGUAGGACAUUUUACUCCCAGCGGGAGAUGCUAUUCUAAAAUGGUUGAACCAACAAAAAAGAUAAGUGACUCGAACCAGAAAGGAAAGGCACCGAUGCAUGAGGCCGAGGUCGAACUUGAGACUCCGUCCGAACAAGAAGUUAAAAGGCCUGUGAAUGAAAAAGAAGUACAUGAAUUCUUGAAGUUCAUCAAGCAUAGUGAAUAUAACAUCGUGGAACAGUUAAGCAAACAACCAGCACGACUCUCGAUAUUAUCCCUACUAUUGAAUUCAGAACCAUAUAAGAAUGCUUUGCUGAAAGUGUUAAAUCAAGCUCACGUGGCAAGCAAUAUAUCUGUCAAAAAGCUUGAUAGGUGGGUGAAUAACCUGAAUGCAGAUAAUUUUAUUUCUUUCAGUGAUGAUGAAAUACCACCAAAUGGUAGGGGCUCCGUAAAAGCAUUGCACAUCACAACCCGUUGCAAGGGUUACAUAAUACCGAAUGUACUCAUUAAUAAAAGGUUUACACUCAAUGUCAUACCUUUGGCCACAUUUUCUAGAGUUCCAAUUGAUCUGUCUUAUCUAAGGCCUUGUCACUCCACAGUAAGAGCAUUCGAUGAGACAAGACGAGAAGUCAUGGGAAAAAUCAAAAUUCCUCUAGAAGUGGGCCCCUAUAUAUAUGACAUCGAGUUUCAGGUCAUGGACAUCACGCCCUCAUAUAAUUGCCUUUUAAGAAGGCCUUGGAUCCACUCUGUCGGGGUAGUUCCUUCAUCUCUCCAUCAAAAAGUAAAGUUUAUCAUGGAUAGUCUUUUGGUCACUAUCGUGGGUGAGGAGGACAUUGUCGCAUCUAUCUCAACUGAUACACCAUACAUCGAAGUAAGUAAGGAUACAGUAGAGUGUUCCUUUCGUUCCUUCGAAUUAAUCAAUUCUACGUUUGUUGCUAAAGGAAAUAAAAUUCCCGUGCCCAAGUUGUCAAGGAAUACCCAGAUGAGAAUUGAGUUGACUGUGGGAAAGGGAGCCCGAGCAAGAAAAGGUUUAGGAAGAUAUCAGCAAGGGAUAGUUAGAGCUCUGAAACUAGUACUCAUAAGGCUCGAUAUGGUUUAG